AACAAAAUGCAGAAGCAAGUUGAGAUCAGAAUGCACGAGAGUCAUCUGGACCCUCCUCCACCACCUGAAGAAUCCAUGUGUGGAGGCUGCUGUGACAAACUCAUGAAGAAUCUGUUACUUACGCUCACAGUUCUUGGUGUGAUCACUGGUUCAGUAGCUGGUAUUCUACUGCGGUACGCAUCACCGCUCCCCGCCGAUGUCAUUAUGGUCAUUGCCUUCCCGGGUGACAUUCUCAUGAGGAUGUUAAAAAUGGUGAUUUUGCCUCUGAUCAUCUCAAGUUUGAUCACAGGAUUAGCAGGGUUGGAUGCCAAGUCCAGUGGUCGUCUGGGCACAAGGGCUAUGGUGUAUUACAUGUCUACCACCAUUAUCGCAGCUGUGUUGGGGGUGAUCUUGGUGCUCCUCAUCCACCCUGGUAACCCCAAACUGAAGGCCAACCUGGGCGAGGGCAAAAAAAAUGAUGAAGUGUCCAGUUUAGACGCCUUCUUUGAUCUCAUCAGAAAUCUCUUUCCAGAAAAUCUCGUUCAGGCUUGUUUUCAGCAGAUCCAGACGGUUACUAGCAAGGUUGAAGUAGCUCCUCCUCCACCUCCGACUCGCUUUGGACGAAAUGCUACCAAGGGCGCAGCGAAAUAUGUGAUCAAGAAGUCUCUUCAAUUCAAGAGCGGCAUGAAUGUUUUAGGUCUCAUUGGGUUCUUUGUGGCUUUCGGGAUAUGCAUGGGAAAGAUGGGAGAAAGGGCCAAGCUGAUGCUUGAGUUCUUCAACGUUCUCAACGAGAUCGUUAUGAGGCUUGUCGGCAUGAUCAUGUGGUUUCCCCCCGUUGGUAUUGCAUGUCUGAUCUGUGGGAAAAUCAUUUCAAUUAAUGAUUUGGAAGUGGUGGCCAAGCAGCUGGGAAUGUACAUGGUCACUGUCAUCAUUGGACUUAUUAUUCACGGAGCCAUGUUCCUUCCCUUAAUAUAUUUUAUUAUUGUUCGGAAAAACCCAUUCAAAUUCUUCAUGGGAGUUUUCCAGGCAUGGGUCACUGCUUUAGGAACAGCUUCGAGUGCUGGGACCUUACCUGUUACUUUUCGCUGUUUGGAGGAAAAUCUGGGCAUCGACAAGAGAGUGACUAGAUUUGUAUUACCUGUUGGAGCAACGAUCAACAUGGAUGGUACAGCGCUUUAUGAGGCCGUAGCGGCCAUCUUUAUUGCCCAGAUGAAUGGAAUAGAACUUGAUCCUGGUCAGAUUGUGACAGUCAGCCUUACAGCAACUCUGGCUAGCGUGGGAGCUGCCAGUAUUCCCAGUGCUGGUCUUGUGACAAUGCUUCUGAUCUUGACAGCUGUGGGGCUACCGACUCAAGACAUCAGUUUACUGGUAGCAGUCGACUGGCUACUGGACCGCUUUCGAACAUCAGUCAAUGUUGUUGGUGAUUCGUACGGGGCGGGAAUCGUGUACCACCUCUCCAAAGAUGAGCUUGACAUGUUCGAUGCGCAGCAGAUGAGGCCAGAUGACUUUGAGAUGGCCAAGACACAAUCCUUUUUUGAGAAUAACACUAACCACGGUGUAUAUGCAUCUCACAACUCCUGUCAGCCGGUCCAAAUAGAUGACUGCAAGGUAACCUUGGCCUCAAAUGGCUCCCCUGCGGACUUCUCACUUGUUGAGGAGGAACCAUGGAUACACGAGUAACACAGCACAAAGAUCCAGCUCCGCCUUAUUCUGAGUCCCGCAAGCUUAUCCUUUCUGGUGAAAACCAAAUGCUAAUUUUGUACAUAUCAACAGUCAGAAGUUACCACAGAACAUUUCAUAUGCACAAGCACUGACUUUUGUAUGAUAUCUCAGUACAUAUGAUACACAAAGGGAAGAGAGCGUACCUCGAAGUAGCAGGUGGUUCAUUUGACAUAGAGGACAGGCUGCAUUUUGAACCAUUGUUGUUCACGCUCAAGGAUUACGAUAGUUCGAAUUCUAGGCCUUGGGUUUGAGCAUCGGUCUGAAACCUGCUGCCUUAAGGCUAGCGCAUAAAAGGAUCGCAGUGGUUUGUCUAGCCCCAGAUUGACCCUAGAGCACUACUAGUGGCAGGAGGAGAGAAGUGCAGCUUGUUUGCUGAAGAUACCUUUGACUGGCUUGGCUUACGUGGAUUAACCCUUGGUGGCGGCACUCCAGAUCAGCCUCUUAUAAGAGCUUACCGAUGUACUUAGAGGUUCUGAAAUAGUGGUUUGCCUCCAAAUGCUGGCACUUAUUUUAGACGCUGCCCGACGUAAAUGCCACGUCAGCAAUUACAGAGCGAUCAGACAUGAAGUAUGACAUUGAGUCGAUUGACGUUAUCUGCAAGGACUGUUGUGGACUGAAUACUUUUCAUUCAGACUUGAAUAAGUCUCUAUGCAUGUUUAUGUUUGAGGAAAGGGACUUGCAUGUGUGUAGGUUUUGUAUGUAUCUGUGUGCUUUGUUAAAGGAGAAGUUCACUUCCAGAACAAAAAAUUACAGAUAAUGUA